UGCAACGCAGAGGGAGAGCGUGCACUGAGAAGAGACCGGGAGACUUCUACCACAUAAGAACUUAAGAAAUUCAAAGAGCAAUAGACAAAGAAAGCGAGAAUCCACAAUGGUGCUCUUGUCACUUUCCUGGUGUCUCGGUGCAGCUUUGACAUUGGUUUGUGGCUCCUCGUGGCCCCAGGGGAAUUCAGCUCUGGCUCCUGAGAACGAGGUGCCGCUUCGCCCGACUACAUGGUUACCAGAGGGAAAGAUCACCUCUGUAACGCUCCCCAAAGGAAAAACUCGCAGGUUGUACUUCACGUUGAAGAAGAAGGCCUCGGCGAUGUCGGUGACUGUCAGCCCCUGUGAUCUCCCCAUCGAAUGGAGCUUGGCCGCUCGAACCCUGAAGGACAAACCCUUCAAAAGCUUGCAGUGGAGCACCAAAAAGAGCAUGCCAGAGGUGUGGUGGAGAGGUCCUGGCACCGAGGAGAAAAUACACAGCUUCACUGGUAAUACAGUGGACACCUACAGUGGUCCCUCCCAUCCCCGAGCUUCCAUCUACAUCCUGAGGCUGCGCUCCAGACAGCAGAACACCAAAGCUACGGUGCACCUCCACGAAGGUCUGGGGCCCUCAGGCAUCUUCCCUCUGCUUCCCUCUGACUCGAAAAUUCACACCUUGGGGGUAGGCAUGACGAGCGUCACCCUCAGCUGGGCACCCAGCACCUCUGUAACCGGCUUCACACAUGCAGAGGACAAUUAUGGUUACUGUGUCCUCGUCAACGCUCAACAGAACUACCCCAGCCUUUGUGCUGCGCAAGAGAGCAUGAGAAAAGAGAAAGACCAGAACCGAGACAAGACAGAGAGAAGCAGGAGAGUGACCGUCUGGCCGAUGUUGAAGGAAUGGUGGUGGCAGCAGAAGGACGCCUUUCCUGAAGCUCAGAGUCCACCUUCCUCCCUUGCUGAUGAGUAUGCUGAUCUCCAGUGUGUGUGUGAGGGGACUGAGAGCGUUUGCACCGUCUCUGAGCUUCUGCCUGACACCGCAUAUUACAUCAACGUUUUUGUGAUCGACAAGUUGAAUGGGACCAGCGCAGCGUACAAGGGGGCGUUUGCGCGAACACACGAGGAGGCUCGACUUGCAAUCACCCCACUUAAAGAAGGAGAGCUCAGGUGGGUGACCUUCCAAGACGGGGGCUCUAACUCAGAGCAGUUUUUUAGUUUCCGUCCUCAGGGUUGGCAGCAGAGGGGUCUCCUCACCUUACAGAGCUGUGGUGGAGGUGAAAAGAUCAAGGUAACCGUGUCUAGUAAAGGGCAGGUAUUGACCUCUCAGAGUGUGGGGGCAGAUCUAGUACACAUUUGGCUCCAAGGAGGUCCAUCCUAUCUCAUCCACUUGGAGCGAGGUGGAACCACCACUGAACAGCUCCCUUCUCCUAAGGACCAAGCUCUACUAGGAAGUUUGAUGUCUUCGGUCAAAAUGCAGAUCUCAUCAGCUUACCACCGCAGAGGGAUUCCUUCACUGCCUCCAACGCUGCAGAUAAAAUCCUUCAACCGGUUGCGCGGCUGCAACAGUGUUACCCUGGCCUGGAUGGGCACAGAGGAAAGAAGUCUGUACUGUGUAUACAGCAGGAAGCUUGGAAGCCGUGAGGUGGAGUCUGGGAGAGCAUCAGCUCUAACUGCUCCCUGUCUGGGGCCGGAGUCCCGCUCUGACACCGAGCGGGUUCUCUGCAAGUAUUUCCAAGAGUUGAAUCCUCGACGGGCCGUCACUACAGCCGUGAUAGGGGGCCUGGAGCCAGGGAUGGCAUAUGUGUUUGAUGUCUAUCUAAUGAGACGCUGGGGGAUCCCUAUCAAGUACGCCAGCAAGAUGGUGAAGACCAGAAAUGAAUGCUGAACUGCUGCCCCCUAGAGGAGGUUUUUAAACUGGCCCAUUUUCGGGGAACUACAUCAGCCAUGGACAUGCUGUAAAGACAGAGCAAGACUAUAAAGCCAUUUGAUUGUUGCGGAGUGACUGUUAGCCUAACAAGGAAAUGUUCUCUUGGAGAAAACCCUGGUUACGUUCAGACUCCACGUGCACUGUCAGUGCAAACGAAUGGAAGGCAUUUGAGAAGGAUCUGCACACCAGCAAAAGUUCAUAACAUUUACAAUACAGUUCUUGUGUGCUUGUCAUUUUGUUUCUCAUUGUUGAUCAUGAUAAUGAUGUGGCAUUUGUCCGAGUGCUUAUUUUGUGUAUGAGUACAAAGGACAGGCAAGAUUUGUGAUGACGUGAAAGUCAGUACGGACACAAUGACAGAGACUGUGCCAAAUAUGCAACAGAAGCAGAUGGGGGAAAUAAUUGAAAAACAUCUGAGACAGGAGGGUGGUGAGUGCACAUCUCCAGUGGUGCAUAUUGUAUAGACUUAGAUGGAUGCAGUCUAAAGUUGCUAAAUUCAAAGUCAGUGUUUAUAUUUGUGUUCUGCUUUCGCAUGAAGCAGUGAGAAAUACUUAGUGACUUGCUUCAAUGCUUUGAUGUAUUCUUGUGCUGCUUCAAAAUCACCAAUAAAUACAAGGGUAUCUGUA